AUGGGUAGGCGUGUCCUCCCUUCCCCCUCAUUCAACAAAAACACAUGGUUAUCGGGCAACUGCAGCUGCGUCCUCAGUCGGCCGCCACCCCCGCGCGGCGAACACAUCGUAGGAACUGCACCCCCAUCGACAGUGCUCAAGGCUUUGAAGACCCCAAACCGCUCAGCCCCGGAACAAGGUAACGCCCCCCUGCCCCACCCACCUACCCCAACCGACAUGGAUCACGAUAUCAAAUAUGCUGCCCAGUGCCUCAUCGAGAUGUCGCAGCACGGAAAGUGCGAUCUCAACAAUAGAAACGGCGUGGAUAUACGGAAGUCUGCCGCGUUGGACAUCAUCUGCGACAGGCAGCCCUCCACCUAUAAAGUCAUCGUCGAGCAGGUCGAGAGCUACCCCGAAGAGAGGGAGAACCAACCUCUAUACAUGGUAGCGAGGAUACUGACGGACUUUUCGGAAAUAAAGCAAGAAGAGGAUUCCAUGGAGGAGGAUGACGAAGACGAAGCCAUGAAUCAGGAGUGCGAAGAAGAAUCGGCGUCGGAGGAUCGGACGUACAGGAAAAGGCCCGGGCGAAAGUCUCGCGGGAGGACUUUGUUGAGGAAAGUACACAAGUGUCAACAUCCUGGGUGCAGCAAAGUGUACGGGAAGAGUUCGCAUCUCAAAGCACAUCUCAGGACGCACACAGGUAACGCACUCCAUUACCAUAACACAAUAGCCCAUAAAUAA